ACUUCUUUUGUAGUCUCCAGUUUAAUUAAUUAGCUUACUCAUAACUAAAUUGCUAAUUCAAAUGGUCAUAGAUGUAUGGUCAGACUACAUUUCUGUGCAACCUUUUGACUAUGUCGCCAUUUGUUUUGAUAUCAUCUUUUCGCUUGUUUAUUAUUGUUUUGCUUUGGUGAUAUUUUUCCAUGGAAUUUUUAUGCACUAGUGGCAUAACAAGACUAAAUGAUCGGGCACGCCAAGAUGCUGCUGUUCUUCGACUUGGAUUUCUUAAGCUUGAUGCUCGUGCAAGGGAGGACACAAGGAAGAUUGACCUUGGUGUUAAGGAAAAGGCUGCUCGGUUGAAGCAUUUAGCCACUGACAGGGCUCAAUCUGAUCUGAAGAGAGUAGCAGAUCAGCAUUGGAGUGAUGGGGCCUUAGAGGCCGACUUACGACGAGCUGACUUCAUAUUUAGACGACGUGCCAUGGAAGAUGCAUACAUGGCAUUGAAGUUUAUAAGAAACAUUCAUGACAUGAUGGCAAACAAAUUUUACCAAUUUCCUUCAAAUGAAAGGUCUUUCUCUCUCAAAGAUAAAAUGGGAUUCAUUACACUCAAAAAGAAUGGGAAAGCUCUUGAUCUAUUUGCAGAUGAGGUCACAACAGACCGUAUGCAAGCCAUUCAGGAAGCUUAUUGGACUAUGGCAUCUGCCUUACUGCCAUCUAGUCCAUGAUUCUAGCACAAGUCUUAUGGCUCUGAGAACUAUCAUCUAACAGUUUUCACUAGGAUGUAACUAUCUUACAACGAUGAGUCUCGAAGCUUCAAUGCAGCUAUUUGGUGAUGCUAAGGCCAAAUAUCUAAAUCCUUAUCUAUUUCAUCCCGGUUUCUCAUAAGUGUUCUUGGUGACAUCGUACUACUAGUUUUAGUGAUGUAUAGACACUUCUCCUCAAAUGACUAAUCCAAUUCGAGACUUCUGCUC